AUGGAGAUUGGUGAUACAAAAGAGAAUAUUGUAAUCGUGGGUGGUGGGAUAUGCGGCCUUGCCACUGCCCUUGCUCUUCACAGAAAGGGCAUUAGAAGCGUGGUCCUGGAAAGAUCAAACGCAUUGCGAGCUGCAGGGGCAGCUAUCAUCGUGCAUCCAAACGGCUGGCGUGCACUUGAUCAACUUGGGGACAAUUCCACUCACUCAAUAAUGACGAGCUUAAAGAAAUACCUGUUGGUUUGGCAUAACUUCUGCAAGCCCAUGAGGGCUGUAUAUCAAGGUGAACCACCAUCAAGCUGCAAGAUGUAG